GCUGUAAACCCCCCAACCACGUGACACAAAUAACAUACGGUACCAGGACUCGCUCGACUCAGACACUGCAGACAACAGAAAAGUAUUUAGUCACCGGAGCUCCCCUGUUUCCGUUUAUCCCUCCCGUCCGUUACUCCCAUCCCGUCAUAAACCCCGAUCGACCCCUACGAUGAGCGGUAAUGGUCUUACAUUUGGACUAAACCUUUCCUCCAGGCCCAGAAAACCAACCGCCCCCCCUAAGCCAAAGAAGCCCGUGUUCGGCUUCGCGCCCGACAGUGGUGUAAUCGACGGCGACGGAGAGGAGGAUGGGGAGGAAGGAGGUUCCGUCUUUGGAGGGGUGAAGAAAAACGUGCUGGACGGGGGAAAGGGUGCCGCCAAGAAGAUUGCCACCGGAAGGGAUAAGUUGAUGGUGAACGCGCAGCUAUCCACCUUCAACGAGUUAUCGAGGAAAGCCGAGGCAACGGCGAGGGAGGCGGAGAUUCAGGUGGAUCCAUCGGUUUAUGAUUACGAUGGUGCCUGGGAUGACAUGAAAAGCGUGGACCGGAAAAAGCAAAAAGCGGAAGAAGCAGAUGCCUUGGAACGAAAACCAAAGUAUAUGGAGAACCUGCUUCUGGCGGCAGAGGUACGGAAGCGGGAUCAGUUACGGGCAAAGGAGAAGUUACUUCAGAAGGAGAGGGAAGCCGAGGGAGAGGAGUACGCGGAUAAGGAGAGCUUCGUGACGGGAGCUUACAAGAAACAGCAGGAGGAAAUGCGAAGAUUAGAGGAAGAGGAACGGUUACGAGAAGGUACGUGCAUUACUAUCUUCGCCCCCCCCCCCACCCCUCUCUGCCCGUGGCUAUGUUGACCGACCCACCAGAGGGGAUGCGCAAAAAAUCACAGGGAAUGUCCACCUUCUAUCGUAACAUGCUCAACAGAACCGAAAGAAAACACGACGAAAUAGUAGCCGCCUCAACAUCUAAAGAUCCGAAGCCCGAACUCGAAGAUAGGUCCACACCAAAGGGGAAGUCUGACGUGGAGAUCGCUGCGGAGCUCAAAGCCAAGGGUGCGUCAGUGGAGAUCAACGAGGAAGGCCAAGUAGUCGACAAGACCCAACUGCUUUCCGGAGGUCUAAACUUGGGAGCUGCCAAAUCGUCCAAGCCGAGCUCAGGGGCAAGCCGUUCCCCUGGAACAAGGCAGCAACCGGGUUACCAGUCAAAGAACAAGCUACAGCAAGACCUCAGAGCCAGACAGAGCAAGAUGUUGGAAGACCAAAUGGUCCAGGCCCAGAAGAGGGCCUUAGAAGAAGAGGAGGAGUCGAGGGCAGAGUUGGAACGACAGGCAAAGUCGAGGAAGACUAGUGUGGAUGUCCAGUCGGCGAAGGAAAGGUACCUGCAAAGGAAACGGGAGGCCGCAGCAAAGAAGUAGUCAUAACACUUUUACUAUUUUUUCUUUCUUUCUUUCUUUCUUUCUUUUCCUCCCCUCUCCCUCUUUACAUUCCAACGCCUGUAAAGAGUCAUCAUACUAUCGAUUCCCUUCAUGCUUGAAUGAGUCACCGGUAACUAAAGGGGGCCCAUAGAUACUCUUACUCAUACUACCAUCAUGGGCUGGACGCUCGUCCAUGUGUAAUAGUGUAGAUUGAGUCUAGGUUUUCUUGCCUUCCAUUAAUUUCAAGUGAAAACCAAAUUGUAAUAUCAUCAUAUCUCCCAUAGCAGAAAGGGUGUUACACCACUGAGGCCUGCUAUAAAUAUCUUCACUAGGCACCAACUGGGGCCUCGAGGAUAGCUGCAAUGCACGGGUAAGUCGAAACAAAUCUGCAGCCACCCUGUGUUCCCCUUCUCUCUCUUGUUCCUACCGGUGGCCAUCCAACAGGCGCUCAAUCUCAAACCAAGGAAACUCAUUGCUAACACUUCCGGAAGAGCAGUGGGGGUCAAGACCGGAUAAAUCCAGCCCACCCCAGGUGCAUUGCCAUAUGUGAUAUCGUGGGCGCCGUGUAGUGCCCAGGGCCCCAUGCUGGGCCGUACCGGUAUUUCCUUCAGGAUGUCGUAGCUUUGCUGGCAUCCAGAGACCACCUUCCGUAGUCUUUCAUCAUUAAUUUGGAGGAUUCAGCGCUGCGGAAAAGGGUCCACUCGGGUACCUUGCUGGUACCGUCUGCUCCGCAUAAUAUUAUUUAUCGAGGGAACAUAACUUGCCGUAAUACCGACAGGCCCAACCCUUAGAGCCACCCAAGCUCAGCCAUGAUAUCGUGCCAUAUGUUGCAGCGGAAGUUCGCCAUAGA